UCAUGCAGACAGUGUAGUGUUUUGUUGAUCAAUGUAAUAAGGCAAGGUUUUACCGCAAAAACAAAUAUUUUUUACAUUUUCGCACAAAUCACACGAUUACCGUCUCAUUUAACUAAGUUAUAUUGUUAACGUUUGGAAGUUAAAGAGCAAGGAAAAAUGUUUCAACCGCAAUCUAUUCGAGUUGAGCACAAAGACGUAAUUCAUGAUGUAGUCUACGAUUAUUAUGGCCAAAGAAUGGCAACGUGUUCCAGUGACCAAACAGUCAAGGUUUGGGAUCCGAAUGAAAAAGGAGUUUGGACCGUAACAGCGAGUUGGAAGGCUCAUUCUGGAUCGGUCUGGCGAGUGUCAUGGGCUCAUCCUGAAUUCGGUCAAGUUCUCGCUACCUGUUCCUUCGAUCGAACAGUAUCGAUUUGGGAAGAAACGGUCUCGGAAAAAACUACACCAACCAUGGCACCAGUGAAACGUUGGGUUCGUCGCAGCAAUCUGGUGGACUCGAGAACCAGCGUAACUGACUGUAAGUUUGCGCCGAAAAAUCAGGGUUUAAUGUUGGCCACCUGCUCUGAGGACGGAGUUAUUCGCAUCUACGAGGCGCCGGAUGUGAUGAAUCUGUCCCAAUGGCAGUUGGCUUAUGAUGUUUCGUGUAAAAUGCCACUGAGUUGUUUGUCUUGGAAUCAAUCACUCUUUCGAUUACAUGCACCAAUGAUUGCCGCUGGAAGUGACGAUACUAGCACGACCGUUGGUGGAAAAGUGUUCAUUCUUGAAUACAGCAUCGGAGGCAAUGGUAAAUGGACAAAGACUGAAACUCUGAAUGUUACGGAGCCAGUGCAUGAUGUAAGUUUUGCCCCGAAUGUUGGACGUUUAUAUCACAUAUUGGCCGUGGCUAGUAAAGACGUACAAAUAUUUAACAUUAAACCUCCACUCAACGAUCAAGCCGGCCUACCCAGAUACGACAUUCAAAUGGUGGCGAAAUUUUCAGAUCAUUGUACCGUUUGGAGGACGUCUUGGAAUGUAACUGGAACGAUGUUAGCAAGUACAGGCGACGACGGUUGUGUUCGAAUGUGGAAAAUGAACUAUCAACGAAAUUGGAAAUGUGCCGCUCAGUUAAAACCGGAUGGUGCUGAGCCAACGGAAGAGUCACCGGCUCCGCAGUUUCCAGUCAAAGAAAAUAAACUCCUGCAAACAACGAAAUACAUCAAGAAGGGAAUCAUAAGCAACUCGAACCAGGUUCCGUGGCAUUGAAUAGAUUUUGAGUGGUUCGGGUUUUGUUUAAUAAAUUGACAUCUUUCGAUA